AUGUCUAAGCAUACAGAUGAUGGAAAGCCAUCCAGAAGCAUAUUGAAAAAAUCUAGUGAUGAAGGACGUCAGAAGAGCUUUCAGUGGGAUGAGUCGAACAUUCUGGCUACUUAUCAUCCAGUAGAUAAAACUUAUGGGCACAUGAAAAUUGAAGAACCAAAAACUCCAUUUGUAUUUGAUUCCGAAGAUGGGUCUACUCUUGUUUCCGGAGCUUCUUUCUCUCCAGAAGAUUUGGCUGCUCGUCUAGCUGCCACUUCUAAUGACCCUGAAAAGCAACUGUUUUAUACGAUUACAUUCAUAAUUUCAGGCCAUAAAGAACGUAACAGCAUGUUCUUUAUAAGAGAAGGAUGGGGUUCUGCAGUUCCAAGACACUAUCGACAAUGCAGACUUUCAUAA